AUGUCCGGCCAGCUGGAGCGUUGCGAGCGCGAGUGGCACGAGCUGGAGGGAGAAUUUCAGGAACUGCAGGAAACUCACAGGAUCUACAAGCAGAAGUUGGAGGAACUGAAUGCACUCCAGACUUCGUGUAGCAGCUCCAUCAACAAGCAGAAGACCCGACUGAAGGACCUGAAACUCACACUCCAGAGGUACAAACGCCAUGCCAGUCGGGAGGAAGCGGAGCUCGUUCAGCAGAUGGGUGCCAACAUCAAGGAGCGGCAGAACGUCUUCUUUGACAUGGAGGCCUACUUGCCCAAGAAGAAUGGGCUCUACUUGAAUCUGGUUCUUGGCAAUGUGAACGUGACUCUUCUCAGCAACCAGGCCAAAUUUGCCUACAAGGAUGAGUAUGAGAAGUUCAAGCUCUACCUGACCAUCAUCCUGCUCCUGGGUGCUGUGGCGUGUCGAUUUUUCCUUCACUACAGGGUGACAGAUGAAGUCUUUAACUUCCUGCUCGUAUGGUAUUACUGCACCCUGACAAUUCGGGAGAGCAUUCUUAUCAGCAACGGCUCGAGAAUUAAAGGCUGGUGGGUGUCUCACCACUACGUGUCCACGUUCCUGUCUGGAGUGAUGCUGACCUGGCCUAACGGACUAAUUUAUCAGAAGUUUCGCAAUCAGUUUUUAGCAUUCUCCAUUUUUCAGAGCUGUGUCCAGUUCCUGCAAUAUUAUUACCAGAGAGGCUGCCUCUACCGACUGCGGGCCCUGGGGGAGAGGAAUCACCUGGACCUCACUGUGGAAGGAUUUCAGUCCUGGAUGUGGCGAGGCCUCACUUUCCUUCUGCCCUUCCUGUUCUGUGGCCAUUUCUGGCAGCUCUACAAUGCCGUCACAUUGUUUGAGCUCUCCAGCCACGAGGAAUGCAGAGAAUGGCAGGUGUUCGUGUUGGCGCUGACGUUCCUCGUCCUUUUCCUCGGCAACUUCCUGACCACACUCAAAGUCGUGCACACCAAACUCCAGCAGAACAGAAGCAAGGCCAAGAAGCCGUGA